GUGUGUACGCGUACAAGUCUGAAUACGCCUCUCCGCUGCAUGACUUCAACACCCCAGCGAGUCGCAUUCCAGCAUGGGCAAACCGUGCGUUUGAGCCCGCGUGGGUCAAAUGGGAUGAAGGAGGAGAAGAAGAAGAAGAAGAAGGAGACAUGAAAUAGAAAAAACAAGAAGAGGACGACGAGGCUGAAUGAAACGGGAGACAAAAGUGACCUGUCUUAUGAGGCCGUCAUGAGGCCUCAGCUUUGCUGCCUGUUCCUUCUGUUGGUCGACUGUCAAGAGCGGAUCACAGGCGACUUUAGCGUCAUCAGCCCGUAUAUAAAACACUAUGAGGGGCUGUCAUACGACAGGCAGGACCUCCACAGGAAGCACCUUCGAGCCCGCAGAGAUGCAGAAACUCAGCGACACGUGCUAGACCUGGACUUCACUGCUUUUCACAGAACUUUCCGACUACGCCUGAGACGAGAUGCCGGGACGUUCUCCGGUGAUUUCAAGGUCGUCAGUGAGGAUGGAGCCACAGCCGCGGACCUCUCACACUUAUAUUCAGGGACAUUGGAGGGUGAACACGACUCUGCCUGUCACGGGUCCGUAUUAGAGGGUCAGUUUGAAGGAAGCAUCCGCGCAGGCAACGUCACUUAUCACAUAGAAGCCGCUCACAGAUACAACGUCACUGACCACCACUCCAUCAUCUAUCGGGAGGAUGACAUGGUUUUACCAACUAGAGGACCUGGACCAGAUUCUGGAUUUUGUGGUACAGAACAUCUAAAUGCGGUUGCCCAAAACCUGAAACCUGUUUAUCAGGAGGCGGCAGCGAACCGUGUAAGGAGAACGCCGGACGAAGCCAAAACUAGCUGCCUGCUACACCUCACCGCUGACCACCGCUACUUCAACAAGUUUAAGUCUGUGGAGGCUGUCGUGGCUCAGGUUGCCUCCUACAUGAGAGCAGUCAAUGACAUAUAUGACAAAGUGGAAUUUGACGGCAUCAAGCUGAUCAACUUUAAAGUCAAAUCCCUCACUGUAAUGACAGAGGAGAACAAAACGGAUCCUCUGAAUCCUCUCUACAUUGGCCCAGAGAAGCUAUUGAGUCUUUACUCAGACAAGAACUGGGGCAACUUCUGCCUGUCGUACCUGCUAACCAACCGAGACUACAGCGGAGUGCUGGGACUCGCCUGGGAGGGCAAGGCCGGUAACUGGGGCGGCAUCUGUUCGCAGUACACCACCCUUCGUAAUGGCCGCCCUUCCACCCUGAACACAGGUUUGGUCACGAUUCAGAACUACGGACAGUUCCUGCCUCCUCGACACGUCCAGUUGACCCUCGCUCAUGAACUCGGACACAGUCUUGGAUCUCCGCACGAUGAAGGCACUAAUUGCGGCGACCUGGGCUCCUCCGGUGGAAAGGGCCGAUACCUGAUGUUUCCUCAGGCCACAGAUGAUGUGCGUGAAAACAACGACAAACUGUCCCCCUGCAGCAUUAAACACAUCAGUGAGCUGCUGCGCCUCAAGAAGGACGAUUGCUUCGUGGGUGAGCACGUGUUCACAUUUUACAAGCUCAGUGAUCAGCCCAUAUGCGGUAACCAGAUAGUGGAGGAAGGCGAGGAGUGCGAUGUGGGACACAAUGACACAGACCUCUGCUGCUACAGCGCUAAAGAGCGAGUAGGGGUGCAGUGUCGCCUCAAGCCUGGCAAAAUAUGCAGUCCCAGUGAGGGCCUUUGCUGCAGUCAGGAGUGCAGUUUGAAGUCAGAGGCUCAAGCCUGUGACGAAGAGACGGACUGUCAGAUGGCCAGCAUUUGUUCGGGUCUUUCACCUGUGUGCCCUGAUCCGAGGCCAAAAGAAAACCUCACACUCUGCAGUCAAGGGACUCGUGUCUGCCUGAAUGGGGUCUGUGCCGAGUCUGUGUGUGUGAAACACAUGCUGGAGCAGUGUGACUGUCCGGGUGAUUCCAAGAAGCAGAAGUGCCACCUGUGCUGCCAGCAGCCCGGUGAGCCCGAGACAUGUGCUAGCACCACCUCCUCCGUGUUGGUCCGUCACUUCCAGAGAAAGGCUUUGCCCCUGGUGGGCGGUGCGCCAUGCAUGGCCAAUCAAGGCUACUGCGACAAAUUCCACCUUUGCCGCCUGCUGGACGCAGACGGCCCCAUCGCCAGGUUGAAGAACUCUGUUCUCAACCUUGAUGAAUUUGAAGACAUGGGAGAGUGGAUGAAGGCUCACUGGUGGGCCAUCUUGUUGGCUAUCCUGACACUGUCUGCAAUAAUGGGCUGCACUGUCUGCCUCUGUGGCCAAACGCUGGAUACCAGAAACCUGGAGUGACUCACCCUGAAGAUAGAUCAAAUAAAUUUAAUUUAUCUGGGAUGGAUUUCGUGUCCCAUUUCCAGUAACUUCCUUGGAGAGACAGAUUUUGUUACAACGAGAAAUACUCAAUACAGAUGAAAUACAUUAAAAAGGCAUCAGACGAAUUAACAACUGAUAGAUAUUUU